AUGAAGGAGCUUCUGCUCCUCUGUCUGCUCCUCUUGUCUGGAGGUCAAAGGUCAUUGGCGUGCCCUCACCUGUGCUCCUGUCAUGGCGCUCAGGUGAACUGUAGCAGCAGGUCUCUCACCUCCUCCUCGCUGCCCACCAGUUUCCCUGCUGGGACCACUGAGCUCCGUCUCCACAACAACCGGCUGUCCACCCUCCCCAACGGCCUCCUGGACGGGCUGAGCUCCCUGCGCUCCAUCUCCCUCCACGGUAACCCCUGGGCGUGCGACUGCAGCGUCCUCUACCUGCGAGCCUGGCUGCUGCGUCAACCCGCCGGCCUCGCGUCACACCUGGGCGUGAACUGCAGCUCCCCUCCCGGCCUCAGAGGGCGGCUGGUGGUGUAUUUAACCGAGGAGGAGGUCCUGGAGUCCUGCCACUACUGGUACUGCGACCUGGCUCUGGCCUCGCAGAUCUGUCUGUUCGUGUUCGUGGUGGUGCAGGCGGCUCUGCUGGUGGCGCUCAUCAUUUUCCUGAGGAAGUUCGAGAGGCUCUCCAGAGAGGCGAAGAGAACCACAGAGGAGAGCUUCACGGCCGGAGAGAGUCAGAGGGAGAACGAAUACGCACCGCUAAAGGACAGCAGCAUCUGACGUGGAACUAUGUGAAGAGCUGUUUGUCAUUUACAGAGAGAAGAUGUUCCUCUUUAAUUCUCAGUUCAGGCGACUAA